AUGGCGAACAACAGAAGAGGAGUCGGGCUCUCGGCCUUCUCGCGCAACGCCCUCACUUCAGAUCAUUAUGCCUCUCACGGCGCUGCUCUACGCUCUGCACAUGCCGACUCUCUAGCGAACCAGCUCUCAGUGUUCCAGGCCGCUCUUCAUUCCUUUUCUCUCACUCAUGGCGCCGAGAUUCGCUCCAAUCCAACAUUCAGGGCUGAAUUUGCCCGCAUGUGUAAUGCUAUUGGAGUCGACCCGCUUGCCAGUUCGAAUCACAAGACCUCUAAGGGUGGUAAGAAUGAAGGCGGAAGCUUUUGGUCACAGAUACUCGGAGGCAGUGUCAACGACUUCUACUUUGAGCUUGCUGUCAGGGUCGUCGAGGUCUGUCGCGAAACUCGAUCAGAGAACGGUGGCAUGAUUGAAGUGCCUCAAGUCCGGAAACGGGUUGAGAAAGGACGUGGCAUUGGUGGAGGACUUGAAGUGUCUGAGUAUGUGGGUGUGCAUUCUAUCAACUGUCUCAUACUAAUUUCAACUCUANGUGAUGAUAUCCUGCGCGCCGUCAAGUCACUGGAACCCCUUGGCUCUGGUUUCACUGUGAUGAAGAUCGGGUCAAAACAGAUGAUUCGGUCCGUUCCAAAAGAGCUCAACACUGACCAGUCGACUGUCCUUGAGGCUAUACAAGUGCUUGGUUAUGUGACCGUUUCUAUGCUUCAACUCAACCUAGGCUGGGAGCGUGCACGAGCUGUGGCUGUCAUUGACGAUCUUGUUGCAGACUCUCUGGUAUGGGUAGAUGUCCAAGCAGAUGAGAAGGAAUACUGGAGUCCAGCACUAAUGCAUGAGAUUGGCGGCGAUUGA